AUGAAUUUGUUGGGGAGCCUGCUUUUGAGGCUGAUCCUGGCCGGGGACUUGAGCCUGGCUCAGGAGGAAGAUGGAGUAGAGGAACCAGCCGAGGAGGCGGCUGCAGAAAAUGACGAGGCGGCAGCGGAGGAAGUGGCAGAGCCCGAGGGUCCUGGGACAGAAGUUGGCCCGCCUGACGACCGGCAACCUUGUGCCAUGUGGAUGGGAGGAGUGCCAGGCACUCCAGGGCACAGUGGGCAACCAGGGAGAGACGGGAAAGACCAAAUGUACUGUGCUGCUGCUACGUACAUAAUCUAAAGUUCACAGUAAAUCUAAUCACAGUAACCCGCAAUGACUUACCUGUCAUUUUAUCCAUGAGGCACAGUCAAUUACCAUCAAUACAGACAUCGGAGUCCUCCCUGACUCUGGUCUCUGUGUGUACAGGUGAACCAGGUGAGAAGGGAGAGCCCGGCGAGAAGGGCGACAACGGCCCUCCUGGUCCUCGUAGUUUCCCGGGCAACCCUGGUCUAAAGGGGGGCGCAGAGCGAGAGCGCCCCUGUCGUAUCACUCUUCUUUCAGCGUGGGCCUGA